CCUUUCACCGCGGGACCCAUUUCCGAUGCACUCACAAGUCAGGUAAUGCUAGGCUCCUCCUUCCCGCGCAACCUCUUGCUUCUCGUUGCGGAGAAGCGAGUCAACCGCCUCGCGAUUUCCUUCCUUCCCCUCUCCUCUCCUUGCUUAUCCUGCUCAGUCGUUCCCUCUCUCAGCUGCCCAGAGUGAUGGCAAGGGCGUGGCUUGUCACUGGCAGGGGGAUUGCAAGGAAAAUAAAAAGCGGCAGCGGCGGCGGCGGCGACUUCGAUUGCCUCAACAGGGAGUGCCCUAAUUGCAAGCAGCUUAUUGACAACAACGAUGUUGCGACGUCGGAUUGGCCUGGUUUUCCUGCCGGCGUUAAGUUCGACCCUUCGGACGUCGAGCUGUUGGAGCAUUUAGCGGCGAGGACCGGGCUCGGCAACUCAAAGCCACACGUCCUCAUCGACGAGUUCAUUCCGACGCUGGAGGACGACGCAGGAAUCUGCUACACCCAUCCCCAGAAUCUCCCCGGCGCCGUGAAAGAUGGAAGCGGCAGUGCCCAUUUCUUCCACAGGAUAUCGAGCGCAUACGCGAAAGGCCCGCGCAAGAGGCGGAGGAUAAGCCGAUGCGGCUCGUCGGAGGAACCGGCCGUAAGGUGGCACAAGACAGGUCGGACCAAGCGCGUGCUCGAUAUUAAUGGCGUCCAGAAAGGCUGGAAGAAGAUUAUGCUUCUCCACGAGAGCUCCAAGGGAGUCGCCAAACCUGACAGAGCUAAGUGGGUCAUGCAUCAGUACCACAUCGGCGCCGGGGAAGACGAAUCGGAAGGUCAGCUCGUGGUUUCAAAAGUUUUCUACCAACGAGUACAAUCGAGAAACCCAAGCACAAGUAGCCCACGGCCAUUGCGGCGUCCCGAGAUCGGAAUUGAGUCAGUCCCCCAAACUGAAUACGCCUUCGACUCCGAAGUCAACGGUACUAACGCUCGUGGAUUCGCUGACCUCGACGAGAUACUGGUCGACACGCCGCCGGAUUUUCAACUCUCUGACUUGCAAUUUGGUUCCCAAGAAAGCGCGAUGAGUUGGCUGGAGCGGUACUAGCUUGCAAGAGGGAUGGCUUAAUGACUCCAUGGGAACUGGGAAGGAUCGUUCUUCUCUCAUGGCCAUCACCCUGUGGAUUGUAUUUAGUUUUCAAGAGGGUGCAGAACCCAACUUUUGAUUGCUUUUAACAUUUCAAAUACUAUGUAGGAGAUUUACUAAGCCCGUUUAAGCUGGGAAAUUUUCUGGUUGGUGUGUUUGUGUGUUUGUUUUUGUUAUAUCAACCUGCCAUCUCAAUUUAUAUACGUACAAGACACAUUUAAGUGUA